GUCGUCUAUCUUAUUUUUUAUUAUUAUUCUAAUUCUGGUUUCCUGCACGUCUUCCAGAAACAAAAAAUCAACCUUCCACUGUUUUUUACUAUCGAAUAAUGAAUUUUGCGCCGUCCCCACGGGCGCAAUACGGCAGACUAUGAGCGAAGCCGCGGACAAGGGAAAAACGGCGUUUAGCCCAUCGCAUGGCGCCAGCGAAAAUAAUAAUGCAGGCACGGAUACUCCAACACCAGCCGCCCAAUUGACGACCCCAACGCCGCCGACACGAGCCACAAUGUCGCCCAUUGACGGGGCAUCCCCCUCGGCACCACCACCUGCACCCCUACUCGAAUCGUCUGAUGCGAAUAGGGGCUACGACAACAACAACAAUAAUAACCAUCAAAACAACAACAAUAACAACCACGAUCUAUUCUCGAGUCCCAAUUCCGCAUCCACCGCAACGCCUCACAGUGCUUUCAGCCCAGUUCUUGCGUCGCCGUCCCCGGGAACAUGCACGUCCCCGGAAGCUGAUUUGAAUUUGCAGCCUGCACCAAAGAGCGCCACUGUGGAACCCGGCAAAGCCAGCACGAUAGCUUCUUUGUCCUCGCCGGUGGAAACGCCACUAGCAUCUACUAGUUCUGGCAUCGAGGGCAGCGCUUCAAACAACGCUGGGCUGAUCAACGCUGGCGCAGCAUCGGUAACGGACUCUCGGGAGGAUCUGCAGUCCCCCAAAGAAGGGUGUCGAUCCGCCACAGUUUCGGCCGGGGAAAAAUCCGAGACCAUCUGCAAGAGUAAUCUCGAAAACCAAGUCGUCAACUCGGGCAUCACCACCACCACCACCACCACCACCACCAACGGAAGCGGUAGCGUGACCAGCAGCCCUACGCGUAUGCGUAUCCUGCGCCCGAAAGCCUCGAGGCCACAACUACCAAACCUGCCCUCCGACCUCCACUCUCUGCACUCAUCCGAAACCCCACGGAGUGCCGUGGCCCUAUCCCGCGCAUCCUCGAUCCGAAGCGUCUGCAGCAACGCACCCCUUCAACAUCCCACUCCCGAACUCAACGCCAAGUCAGGUGCAUACACUGGCAACGUGGCCGCGCUGGAAGCGACUGCAGAACGCUUUUCCAUGACCUCGUCCAUUGAGGACGCCAUCCGAGACGCCCACACCCAGCUGAAGAGGAGGGACAGCCAGCGGUCCAUGAUCCUGGCCUCCCAACUCCAGCACAAUAGCGACAAUUUCGACAAUACUAGUGUGAUUAGUGACGCACCUCUGCCGCCAUUCUCGCGACAUCUCUCGAUUGCUAGUCUCAACAGUGCCGCAAGAUCUGGAGGAUACUCUCCCAGUGGCUACGUCAUGUCGCCCACUCACUCUUUGUCGAGGACGAGGUUGCGAUCGGCUAGCAAGGCCAGCUCGACUGGUCCGCCCUCAUCUGUCAUUGGUGACGUGAUCCCAGAGGAUGGCAGCCCCGUGCUUUCGAACGAUGACAGCUUGAUCCCCCCGCUUCCCAUCUCACGCCACGGCCCAGGCAAGAGCUCUGUCCGCAGUGUCGUAUCCGCCAAGAAACUCUCUCUUGCCGAGAUUGCAGAGAAUGAGCCGCCGACGACCCUCGCCCACUACGCACUCAACGAGGCCGACCAGCUCCUCUCGCCAGUCAUCUCCGAGGGUGCAUUACAGGACAGCACCAUUCGCCCGACCCCCGCACAACUGGCACAAAUGGGGCUUGAUCAGAAAACACCCAAUGCGAAUGGGCACUGGGAUGACACACCCAAUGCCGAAACAUGGUCGCGCAGGCCAAGGUUGGAUACGGAAGACUCAAACGGAGAAGUCGACGCAUCAAGACAGCAAGGGUACUUUCCCCAGGAUGCUUACGAAGAGUCUCAGGGCCACUACCGCGCUCAAUCGGAAUUGUCAGGGCAAGGCUCUGAAAACGACCACAUCGAUGAUGCAUUUGGAGACUUUGAUGGUGUCCACUGUGAUCCCAACCAGCUCGACUUUGAUGGCCCAUUCCAAAACCAGCUGGGUGAACACGAUUAUCAACAACAGCAGCGGCAGCAUGAACAACUGCUCUCCCAGCCACACGAUGCAUUUACACAGAACCCCGAAGACAUGCAGUACGGUCAAGCACAGGCCCCGCGCCCUCAACCGAGAAGGCCAUUGGAGCGGCCUCAGUCGUAUUUCGACCCUAGCACUGGAAAGGAUAUGCUGUACUACCCGGCUCCGGUCCCGGCUAUGCUGAACUUGCCUCCGAAAUUGUCCAAGAAACCGAAAACUGCGGUUAGAAAUGCACGCUAUUCCAAGGUGCUGGAGACCAUGGCGCAGGAAGGCCGGGCUUCUCGCAUAUGGCUGGCCGACCCGAAUGCAGGAGGCGAAUUUGGUAACGAGUUCAUGGAUGAGCCACGCCAGUCUGUGUCCCACGAUGCCCCGGAGCCAUCACAAAACACGUCAACCGGACAGGGUAGCGCCUCGCCAACCAAGUCCGAGUUCCAUGCUCCGGAGCUCCGUCGGCCUGCAAAACUGAGAGAUGCGGACAAGCGCAUGUCAAGGUUAUCAUUGAUGCCGUCUGACUUGCCGCCUCAAGUGAGAGCAUCGGCCUUUUUCGAUUCGCCCUCGACUGUGCCUCGCAUUGAACUCAAAGGUGGCUCGGCAAUGGCCACCCUGGACAGCAUUCUGGAUGCGUCGGCCAAAGCUCCCGUCAGUGCCUUUACGGACCACACGUUUGCCGGAACUCUUGGCGAGGAAGUUUACGGUGCGGAAAAGAAGAAGAAAAAGAAGAAGCACAAGGCGCAAAAAUUAUCGGUGGCGUCGAUUGACCACAAGCGCGAUAGUGUCUCAACCGUGCGGGAGGCGAAGGAACGUUCAUCUUUCCUAGGGAUCAUCACGGGCGGAAAGUCACGCACGAGCCACGACGGUUCCGAUCGGAAUUCAGCUAUGGCCAGCUCCAAGGGUAGUAUCCGAGGCGACGGUGCGUCGGCGAAACGAGGGGAAAUCGAGGGCAGGGAAGGCGAGGUCAUGUCGCCCACCACAGAAAUGGUUGCGCCCGGCCAAGACGAACAAGAAUCUUCGUCGGGAGAAGAGGAUGAUGAAGACGACGACGACGAAGAAGACGACGAGGUCUACCACGGCGCACCCACAACUCUAUUGGCAGAACUUCAGCUCCGCAAGCAUCAACAGAAAAUGCGUACUCGACCCAUCAACAAGGCGCACCCCAAUGGCCUCCACACGACGCUGCUGGAGCUCGACGCGGUCGCCGAAGUCGAAAGAAAGAACCGCCUGGGUAAACGCGUGAACCUCGCCUGGGAAGACCCAACGCUGGCCCACGCCGACUUGUCUGACGACGAGGAUGUUCCCUUGGCAAUGCUGCAGGCGAUCCGUGGCAAUCCCGUCGGCGACAUUUCCGCCGCCGUCGUCGAUGUCAACCGCCCGCUGGGCUUGAUGGAGCGUCGCGAAAUGGAAGACAACGAGCCGCUGAGCCGCCGCCGUGAUAGGAUCCAAGGUCGCGAGGCGAUGCAGCCCACCUCGGUCUACCUCAACCCAGUCAGCCAGACCCGGGCCAGUCAACUCACCCUCGCGCCUGCCAUCGCAGGAGUGAAUGCGCACCUGCGUCAAUCCCAGGCAAACCUCGCCCCGCUCGCCCCGCCCGUCACGCACACGGGUGGUCCAAGCCAGUCGGGACCUGACGAUGAGGAGGAUGAGGACGAGCCCCUUGGUGACCGUAUGCGCCGGCUCAAGGCGCGUGAUGACAAGGGCCCGCGUGACGACAAGGAGAGCGCUCUCCCAGUUGCCAGGCCCGUCAGUGCCGCCUUCACUGUUGAGAUGAUGAGUCAACUCGGCGUCGGUCAAACCGAGCCCGACGCUCAGAGCAGCAAGUCCCCCAAGGGCAAGGCUGAACCAGCCCCCGAGGAAGAGGAGACGCUCGGCCAGCGCCGCCGCCGCCUACAGGCAGAACGCGAGGCGCGAGAGCGCGAAAUGAACGUCAACGCCGGUGCACUGCACGCAUUGACCGGCGGUGCCGGACUCGGCGCCCGAACCUUGGAGCCGAGCAACGCCCCCGCCUACAACAGGCUUACCAAGAAGAUCAGCAUGGCCGACGUCCUGGCCGCACACCCGGUCAGCGAUGCCAAAGGCCACAUGGACCCCCGCGAGGCAGAGAGGCUGAGGUUCCAAGCCGAGGCCGAGCGCGCGGCCCGCGAGCACGAAGCAAAGAUGCGAAGCCUCCGCGCCCAGCAGUCCUUGUCCCAGCUCUCCGGAGUCGGCGACAACCCGCGCGGCGUCGGCGUGCCGACCUCGAUAGGCAUCGGCGCCCAGCGUCAAGCCAGCGGCUUCCAAGGUGGCCGCUUCAACGACGGCGCCGGCGGCGGCACGGCCCUGCCCAUCGGUGCGGCGCAGGAUGGUCCCGGACAUGGAAGCUGGGGAAAGCCCCUGCACCAAGGAGGCCGCACCAGCGUCUACGGAAACGGUUUCCCCGGCGGGCAGCACUACGCCCAACCGGCCUACGGAUACGCCCAGCCUUACGGACAAAUGAUGGGUGUGCAGCAAGACAUGGUCGAGAAGUGGAGACAGGGCAUCCUUUGAGAAACAGGAUGCCCGACGCGAUCCAAACAUUGUCCAGUCCUAAACACCAUCCACAUAACACGACACUCAAGGCAACAAACUGGAAUUUUUUUAUCUUUUAUUUUUUUUCCUUUGUACGACACAAAAUUCAGGGAGGAAACGACAGUUAAUGAACUCACAGCAAAUCCAUACAUGACAAGGUCGAGUGAGCAAUACGUGCUCAUAAUCAUGCCCCGGUCCAAGGGGGAGGUUUUCUCUUUGGCAAAACUUUCUCCACCACAUAAACAUCAUACAACAGAGUGUUCGAUACACUUUUUUUCUUCUUUUUGUUUCUUUUUUUCUUUUUCCCUUUGUCCUUGAUUUCAUUUUCAUUUUACAAAGUUGCAUGGCGAAGCGGUGGCAAAAUGACACCAAGGCGGGGUCUCGGCAUAUAUCAUAAGCUUUCGUCGGCAUUUUUUUUCAUCCACAGAUAAUGGCGUUUGUUUUCUUCUGAAUAUCAUCAAGAUUCAGGAGGCAUGUAAAACUGUAAACCUACUAGUCUAGUCUAAUAACGCGCAAACUCAUACAUCUAUCAUG